CCCAAUCUCCACUAGGCGACCUCUCUUCCCCACCUCCGUCGAGGCAGCCAACCACUCUCUUAGUCCUCCCCUUCACCAACAGCUUCACUCUAUCACGCUCGUCUAUUACCCAGCGUGCCGCCGCCCCUCCUUGUCCCUCCGCCUGCAGUUCCUCACUGCCCCUACACCGACAUACUAUGGCCCAGGUCCGCUCGAGGGCGCCGCCAUCCUAGACGCCGUCCAGUCCUACCUAGCCCCGAGUUCCUCCUCCAUCCCCGCCCCUCUUCGUCACGUGUGGCGGCUCGUCCCUCAACUCUCUAGAUCCACGCGCUCCGAUGCCACACGAGAGGAAAGGGAUUGCAAAACAGGAGAUUAGCGCAAGCGAGAAUUGAAGAAGAGGCUCCAUUGCCUCCAUCCAUGACCCUAUUCUUCGGGUGCGCUGACUGGUCUGACUAUGCUUCCUCCACCACAGCUCUACACCCUGACGCCUCUACCAGUUUCUCAACCAGUACAUCCUUCUCUUGCAGAUUCACCGAAGAGACGGUCAAGACUGUAGGAACAACUGAAAGAUUGAAUUGUAGUUCUCGGAGUGAUAUUUGUAUGAGCAUCGUCUUUCCCAUUGUAGGUCUAUCUACGUGGUCUCUUGAUAGGGAUGAUGUAUGGAUUGGCACCAGUGGUCGUCUGGGGGUGCCGAGUGUGCGUUCUCUGACGAGCUUUUGUGUGGUUUGGUUUUCCUUCCAUUCUAUGGCUUCUACAAUACGACAAGCUUCUAUAAUACGACAUUUUUUCUACAAGAUAACAAAUGAGCCUCUUUCUGGACUAAUUGGCAGGUUAUUUAAUGUGGCGUUGCUUCAAUCUGUAAAGGUAUUUGGUGACUAACAUGGAAAUGCUAUUCACCUUUACGAAUAGAGACUACAUUAUACAAAGAAGGGCAGCCGAAGAUUAUUGAGGAAGCACAAACUAUAAAAUUUAUUACCUGACAAUGCCCUGGAUUUUUUUCUUUGAACAAAAUAACAUUUUGUGUUUUCCAUUUGUAUAUUCUCUGCAAUCAAAUGUGCCAGUGGAGUUUUGGACUCAUACUGUUGAAGCUGCUUUAACUGAUCCAAAGGUGAUAUAUUUGAUACUUUUACACAAUAUUGUAUGCUGUGAUUUAAGAUAUAGAUUUGAUGUUCUUAUGUUUUUCAUCUCAUUAUACUGCCGAGCUAUUCCUCUAUUCUCCACACCAGUACCGUAGGGACCAAGUCAUACAACUGUUUCUUACAUCGUACUAAUGGAAAAUAUGCAAGCAAAUAUUCCAUUUAUUUGAGUGCAUUUCAAGAUUCCCAUUUACUUUUUCCCUAUUUGUAAAGUGGGGUUCAUUAGCUAUUUGGGAAACAGUUUCUAACUUAACACUUGCAAACUACCCACUUGGUUUUUUCUACAAUAACAUCAAAUAUUUAUUUUUUGUCCACUACACUUUCCAUACUAGAUUAGGUUUGGUAGGUUUUGAAAUCAUUGCAUUAGGAUAGUAAGAUAGUUAUCUCUUUGCAACCUUACCGCUUCAUAUUCUGUUUGUUUCCCACUUCGACCAAUGCUUCCAUAACAUUCAGAUUCAGGUAUGGUUUCUUUUCCCCAGUGUUUUAUUCAUUUUACAGUACAUUUUAUUCAUAUACAACAACUUGUUAGAAAGUUUUGGGUCAGGGCGUGGUAGCAGUAUGGCAGUACAAAUAUGAUGUAUUGCAUCCUGAACUAGAGAUUACAUGGGUUUUCAGUUAGCAUGUCAAGUUGUCAACUCAAGUAGGCUCAUUGAUCAAACUAUGUGGUUUAUCCGCCCUUGUCCAUAGUAAACACGCAGAAAAGAACCGCCGGUACACACUUGUUAACUUGUUAAGUGCACUACUAUAAUUUUAUGAAUGAAAUCAUGCAUUGUUACUUAAACACAUAGGCAAUGAUUUAGUUUGUGUGGAAAAAUACAAGAGUGAUACAUGGAAUUUCUUAUAAAGAAGUCAAUAUAAUGAAAUGUUCAUAUCCUGUAGUCACAUCUUUCCAUCUGCAGCAAAACAUGACAUUGUGGUUCACUUCCUUAUGGAUUUUUACUUUGUGUAGGCGACUAUACUGGUUAACCCAAAGCCUUCCCUCAACAACGUGACAUGAAAUCCUGUUAUUGCCAAACUGAAGUGGGUAUAGAGUUCUACUAUCACUGAUCAGAGCAUGAGCGCAAGCCAGAGUAGCAGAAGACGAUGAGAGGAAGCUAAAGAGGCAAAACAUAGAGAAAAUAGCAGUGGAGAAGAAAGCAGGGAACUGGGUGGACCUAGGAGGGGGAGGGAGGCACAACGCCGACGACCAUGUUUGUUUUGGUAUACAUUUUACUUUGCCACGAAAAUGCUAAUGCCCCUUGGUCUGCCAUAAUGUACAACUAUGUAGUGUCAUGUAUUGUGUCUUCUUGGUACCAACUUAAAUACUACUGUGCAUCAAUUCCUCUACAUUUUUCGCUCUGAACAUUAAAGUGGUUUUUCAGU